AUGGCAGAGAAAAUAACAGACGACUUGAAACAUACCCAAUCUAUCAAAGAGGGAACCAUAAACGAUGCCUCCGUAGCUGAAGCUUUGACAUUGUGUCGUGAUGCAGAUGAGAUCGAGACAAGUCCUGAGCUCGAUAAGGCUCUACGAUGGAAGUUGGACCUGAGACUUAUGCCUCUACUCUGCUUCACCUACGCACUGCAGUCAAUUGACAAGAAUACCAUCAGCUAUGCUGCCGUGUUCGGGCUACGAGAAGAUCUCAAUCUGAAGGGAGAUGAGUUCUCCUGGACCGGAACUGUCAUCGCCUGGGGCGCUGUUCUCAUGGCUCACGGAGCCGUCAACAACUUCACAACCCUCAUCGUCGUACGCGUCCUUCUCGGCGCCCUCGAAGCAGCCAUAAACCCUGGCACAAUGCUCCUCUUCAGUAUGUACUACAUGCGAAAAGAGCAGCCUCUCCGUAUGGGUAUAUGGAUUGGCUCAGCAGGUAUGGGCUACAUCAUCGCUGGUAUAGCAAGCUUCGGCAUAGGCCACGUCAAGUCUGCUCUGCCAUCCUGGCGAUUACUUUUCCUUAUCUGGGGAGCUGUUACAGUUGCUUGGGGCGUUAUUCUCCUGUUCUUGCUCCCGGGUGCGCCUAUGAGAGCGAAGUUUCUGACGGCUGAUGAGAAGGCGAGAGUUGUGGCGAGGGUGAGGGGGAAUGGUACGGGUAUUGAGAAUAAGCAUUUUAAGAUGGUGCAGUUUUGGGAGGCGAUGUUUGAUGUGAAGACUUGGUUGUUGUUCUUGUUUGCUCUGACGAGCAACUCGCCCAAUGGAGGCUUAUCCGCGUUUCAAGGUCUCAUCAUUAAAGGUGCUGGCUUCAGUACCCUCGAUACCACGCUGUAUCAGAUGCCAUCAGGUGCAGUCCAACUGGUCGCAUGCGUGUUAGCCUGGUAA